GUUUUAUUAAGUAUAUAUUUAUAUAAUAAUAAAUAUAUAAAGUGCUUGUUAACGAACUGUGCUAAGCAACUGCUGAAAACCCUCAAGCCGAACUCAGCAACUUUUUCACUAAGUGCAACGCCAUGCGUGGACUAGUCGAGGAGACAAAGAAGUCAAAGCUUGGCACCACCAACACCACUACCAACAACAACAACAACAAUAACAACAACAGUAGCAGCAGCAGCAUGGGAAGUCGUGGCAAGGCUGCGCUAACCAGCGCCAGCUCAUCGCGACCCUUGAAGGGUGGUGGGACUAAAACGCCCACAACAACAACAGCAGCAGCAGUAGCAACAACAGCAGCAGCCACCGGUGUUGCAGCCAAGAAAUUGCCACAAGUCGGCGCAAAGUCCAAGGCAGCUGCAACAGCAACCACCAGCAGUAGCAGCACAGCGGGUAGCUCCGGCGCUAAGCCAGGCAUGGCAAAAGCAGUUAAGGCUUCGAAUCCAACCCCACAAGCGUCGCAGAUAGCAACAGUGGCUGUUGCAGCCGCAACCGCAACCGCACCUGCAUCUGCAACACCCCAACAGGCGCCGAUGCAGCCGUACAACAACAACAGCAGCAGCAGCAGCAACAACAGCAACAGCAGCACCACAAUUACCUUGCCAAAGGCAUCGCAUGCGAAUACUAGUGAGGAGCUGGCCGGUGGCGUCCAGGACACCAUAUAUCUUUGCAAUUUUCGCGUCUCUGUGGAUGGGGAAUGGCUGUGCCUCAAGGAGCUGCAGGACAUCGAUGUGGCCAACGGACAGAAGACUGUUGGUGGUGGCGCAGCUCUGCUAAAUACUGCAGCAUCAGCUGCUGGCGUUGGCGGUGGCGGUGGUAAUGGUGGUGUGACUGGAGUUGGUGGUGCGGGUCAUGUGCAACAUCGCACGCAAUCGCAGCAGCAGCAUCAUCAAUUCGGGCAGCGUAACAGCAAACGCUUUUCGGGCCUAUCGACGGGCAGCGCGGGAGGAUUCGAGGAUAACGGUAUUAUGGCAAUUGAAAAUCUAAUCGGUCGUCGUCUGUGCGACGUUGUCGGCUCAAAUGCACUUGCAACCGCACCGCAACAGCACCACAAAAAUGUGGGCCUCAUCGGUGGCACGUUAGCUGAGUGGUCGCAUCUCUCACGCGACACGGCCGAGAUUGAGCGCAGCAAUUUGGUCAACAUCUGCAAACUGGUGGUGAAGGAGCUGCUGGAGCAAUCUUUGCGGUAUGGCCGCAUGCUCGACUCGGACCAUUUGCCGCUGCAGCAUUUCUUCAUUGUCAUCGAGCAUGUGCUGGGCCAUGGCCUGCGACCCAAGAAGGGUCUGUUGGGGCCGCGCAAAGAGCUGUGGGAUCUGCUGCAAAGCGUCGAAAACUAUUGCCCCGAGGCGCAAGAUAUUACGGCCAGUGUUCGGGACUUGCCCACGGUGCGCACACACAUAGGACGGGCAAGGGCCUGGCUGCGCAUUGCCCUGAUGCAAAAGAAGCUAUCCGAUUACCUGCAGGCGCUGAUCGAGCAUCGCGAGGACUCACUGUUCGAAUACUACGAGCCGCACGCUCUGAUGAUGAGCGACGAGAUUGUUGUCAUAAUGGGCAUCCUGGUGGGCCUGAACGUCAUCGAUUGCAAUCUGUGCGUCAAGGAGGAGGAUCUCGACUCGCAACAGGGCGUCAUUGACUUUUCGCUAUAUCUACGCUCCAGCUCUCGCAAUGCUGAGGUUAAUGAGGAGUCUAAUGCGCCAGUCGCUCAACUAGAUGACGCCGGACAGGGCAAUAUGAUUGCCGUGCUGGACCAGAAGAACUAUAUCGAGGAGCUCAAUCGGCAUUUGAACGCCACUGUGGGCAACCUGCAGGCCAAGGUCGAGUCCCUGACCACCACCAAUGCCCUAAUGAAGGAGGAUCUGGCCAUAGCGCGCAACAGUUUGCUCGCCCUGCAGGCCGAGAAUCAAGCCAUGCGUCAGUCGGCCAGCCAACAGGCGGCUAUAAAUCAGUCGGACAACAGCUCCACAGGCAGUGGCAGCGAUAAGGACAAGGACAAAGAGAAGGACAAAGUAGAUGGCCUCAACACGCAGCUGGCGGAGGAGCGCAAGCGCUGUGCCGAGCUAGAAAAGGAGCUCAAUUUGCAGAUCUCGCUCAAGGCGGAGUCCGAUAUGGCCAUGAAGUUGCUGGAGAAGGACAUUCACGAGAAGCAGGACACGAUUGUCUCGCUGCGUCGUCAGCUGGACGACAUUAAGCAAAUCAAUCUGGAGAUGUAUCGCAAGCUGCAGGAUUGCAAUGCCUCGCUGACCCACAAAACGGAGCUAAUGAGUAAACUAGAGUGCCAAAAGGAAGAUAUGGCCAGCACAAUUGAACAAUUAGAGAAAAAAUGGACUAAUGAUAAGAGCAACUUGGGCGAGAUAUUGAAGACCACCUCUCAAACGCUGUCCACGCAGGUGAGCGCUUGCGAAGAACGUGCGGCACGGGCAGAGGCUGAGACGCGCAUUGAGCGGGAGUGGCGCGUAUCCUUGCAGGAAAAGGAGCUGAAGCUGAAGGAGAAGAUAGCGACGCUGCAGAUGUGCGUGAAGGAGCUCAAUGAGGAGAGGCAGAAGAACGAGAAGCUGAAGCUGGACUUGGAGAAGGUGCGCGCCCAAUGGUCGGAAGCGCAGACAACGCUCGAGGAGCUGGGCAUACAGCUGAGCGUUAGUAAGCUGAAAAUAUCAGAGUUCCAGGACAACGAACGACGUCAACUGCGGCAGCAGCAGCAGCUGCUCUCUGGCUCGUCGCAGUCGUUGCAGCAGACGCUGCCGGAGAAUCCAGUCAGCUCACCGGGCAUAUGGGCGCCCGAUUCCAUUGCCACUCACUGCACGGCCUGCACCAGGGAGUUCAAUUUGACGCGCCGGAAGCAUCAUUGUCGUAGCUGCGGCGAGAUCUUCUGCAAGGCCUGCUCCGAGCAUACCCUGCCUUUGCUCAACGCACAGGGUCAACCCGGCCGGCCGGUGCGUGUGUGCAAUGCGUGCUAUACGGCUACCUCUGGCAAGUGAUCCACAACGAAGCUCAUUUCCAUAUAUAAUAUUAAACAAUUGUAAGCUAUUUACGUAUAGUUUGUUAUAAACAAAUAUUGUUCAUCGUCAGUUUUUUUGGUA